AUGUGGACACAUCUACCAUCCCUCUGUGCCCUAGGCCUCACACUAAUCACAUCUGUGAUAACCUCACCCAUUGAAAUCCGAGCCACCGGACCCUGGCUAGCCCUCGACACGGACUUCCCAGACCCCGGCUUCGUCCAAGCCGACGACGGCACCUGGUACGCCUUCGGCACGAACGGCAACAACCGCACGGUGCAAGUAGCCAAGUCCGCAGACUUCAAAACAUGGACUCUCCUCGACAAAGAAGCCCUCCCCACCUUAGCAGGCUGGGAGACCCAAAUUGACCACUGGGCCCCAGACGUAGUCCGCCGUAACGACGGCAAAUACGUCCUCUACUACAGCGGCGAAGCACAACAAAUGCUCCGCCACCACUGCAUCGGCACCGCAGUCUCAGAAUCCACCGAUCCCAGCGGGCCCUACAUCCCAAACCCAACCCCCCUCUCCUGCCGUCUCGACCAAGGCGGCAGCAUCGACGCGUCCGGCUUCCUAGACAAAGACGGCUCACGCUACGUCGUGUUCAAAGUGGACGGCAACAGCAUCGGCAACGGCGGGGACUGCAACAACGGCAUUGCGCCAUUGAAACCCACCCCGAUUCUUCUCCAAAAGGUAGAUACGGACGGAUUUACCCCCGUCGGCGACGCAGUGCAGAUCCUGGACCGCGAUGAUAGCGACGGGCCGUUGGUGGAGGCGCCGAAUUUGAUCCUCCAUGGGGACACGUACUUUCUGUUUUACUCGACGCAUUGCUAUACGGAUGAGAAGUAUGAUGUGCGGUGGGCGACGGCGAGUGAGAUUACGGGUCCGUAUACGAAGACCGGGAGGCAGUUGGUGAAGUCCGGGGAUUAUGGGCUUGUUUCGCCGGGGGGUGGGACGGUUUGUGGGUGUGGGGAUCGCAUGCUGUUUCAUGGGUUUUGUGGUGAUAAUAGGUGUAUGUAUGCGGCUGAGGUGAGGAUUACGGGGACGGAGGUGGAGUUUGUUUAG